AUGGCAUUUAAUUUUUCAGUUGAAGAAUUAGCAAUAAUAGUCAUUGUUUUGGAUGAACAGCAUACAAUUAAAAAAAAAAUACGACGUAAAAUGAAGAAAAGAAGAAUGUGGAUACAUCCCAGUUUAUUAACGAGAAAAGAAGAAGGCGAAUAUUAUACUUUAUAUCGUCAUUUGAUAGACGAAGAAGACAAAUUUUCACAAUAUUGUCGAAUGGACUCCGGAACAUUCGAAAUGAUGUUGAAAAAAAUCGAGCGCAAAGUUUCAAAAAUAAACACUUGUUUUCGUGAGGCGAUUUCUCCACGAGAAAAAACUAAUGGGGAUUUCUGCCGAACAAUUGCGUUUAGUUAUCGCCUUGGCCAUUUGACAGUACAGAGCAUCGUUCUCGAAAUUUGCGGAGCAAUUAACGAAGUGUUAUUAACAGAGUAUAUUUCAACUCCAUCUCAAGAACAAUGGUUACAAAUAGCAAAUGAAAUGUGGAGCAUGUGGAAUUUCCCAAACUGUUUGGGAGCUCUAGAUGACAAACAUAUAACAAUAGAAGCUCCAGCAAACAGUGGAUCUUUAUAUUUUAAUUAUAAAAAGACGUUUUCGAUAGUUCUUUUGGCGUUAGUAGACGCCAAUUACAAAUUUGUUGCUGUGGAUAUUGGGUCAUAUGGAAAAAACAGUGAUGGUGGAAUUGUUGCAAAUUCUGCACUGGGAAAAAGAUUGGAAAAUGCCACGAUGAAUGUUCCAAUAGAUUCACCUCUACCAGGUACAAACAUAAUAGCACCGUACGUAAUAUUGGCAGAUGAAGCAUUUCCGUUAAAAAAAUAUUUAAUGCGGCCUUACCCAGGAUCGAAAAAUGUUGAAGAUAAUGCGAAAAGAAUAUUUAAUUAUCGUUUGUGUAGAGGAAGAAGAUUAGUUGAAUGUGCAUUCG